UGUGGGUGGCGUCGCCGGCUUUGACGCUUUACCGGCAUUGGCGUAUAAAGGGGCCAGUGCCAGUGACGCUGACACAGACACCGUUGCUGCCCGGCCGCCACGAUGCGCCCCUCCGCCGCCAUCGCCGUGCUCGUGGCCCUCGUCGCCGUCCUGGGCGCCGCACAAGGCAUCGUCCGGCGGCGCAGAGGGUUCGGCGACGGCGGCCAGGAGUACGGCUACGUGGACGUCCGCGAGGGCGCGCACAUGUUCUACUGGCUGUACUACGUGGAGGGCGGCGACGGCCCCGCCGACAAGCCCCUCGUCAUCUGGCUGCAGGGCGGCCCCGGGGCCUCGUCCACCUCCUUCGGCAACUUCGAGGAGAUCGGCCCCAUCGACUCGGACCUCAAGAAGCGCAACUCGACCUGGGUCAAGUACGUGAACGUGAUGUUCAUCGACAACCCGGUGGGGACCGGCUUCAGCUACGUGGACAGCCCGUCCAAGUUGACCACCAACAACAAGCAGAUCGCCUCCGACCUGGUGGAGCUCAUGAGGGGCUUCCUGAAGCGGCACCCCCAGUUCAGGGCCAUCCCCAUGUACGUCUUCAGCGAGUCUUACGGCGGCAAGAUGGCCGCCGAGUUCGCCCUCAACUUGUUCAAGGAGAAGAAGGCGGGAACCAUCGACAUCAACAUUCAGGGGGUCGCACUCGGGGACGCGUGGAUAUCCCCCGUGGACACCGUGCUCUCUUGGGCGAACUACCUGCUGCAGACCGGCAUGGUGGACACGGAGGGCUACAAGGCGGUGGACAGGCUGGCGCUGCAGACGCAGAGGGCGGUGCUGCGCGGCCAGCACGCGCAGGCCACGCUGCUGUGGUCGCAGACCGAGCUGGCCAUCUCGCGCGUCACCCAGGGCGUCUCCUUUUACAACAUCCUCGACAAAAUGCCCGCCAAGGCCUUCGCCCGCACGAGCGCCGACAACCACACAGACUUCCUGUUCCGGGUCAUGUCUGAGAGGAUCGCCCCGGACGAGCACCUGGACGAGCUCAUGAACACCCGUGUGAAGCCCGCGCUCGGCGUGGUCCCCGAGCGAGUGCGCUUCCGCACCACCAGCGCGCAGGUGUUCAACGCGCUCUACGCGGACUUCAUGAAGCCCGUCACUCACAUAGUGGAGCGGCUGCUCUCAGAGACGGACCUGAAGGUCGUCGUGUUCAACGGGCAGCUCGACCUGAUCGUCUCGACUCCAGGCACGCUGGCCUGGGCGGAACGCCUAAAAUGGCGCAACGGCGACUACUGGGUCACCAAGGCGCCCCGCCGCGCCCUGGCCGUCGACGGCAUCCUGGAGGGCUUCGUCAAGACGGCCGGCAAGUUCAGCUUCUACUGGAUAAACCGGGCCGGACACAUGGUCCCGGCCGACAACCCCGCCGCCUCCAUCGAGAUGCUCCGGCAAGUCACAGAGUUCGACAAACGAGAGACGACGACGGCGUUAUAAUUUAAAAAUAGAAAAAUAUUAAACGAUUACUCAAUGA